CAGUGCCACGCACGCUGACGUAGUCCUGGCCGCACAGGAACCGAGUUUGGGCCUGUCCCGAUCAGCCGCCCCUCCGCCUCGCUCUCGAACCCCUCCAAGUCAGCUUGGCUGUGCGCGGCGCGGCAGUUCCCCGUAGGCCGGGAUCCAAAGGCCAGCAUGGCAUUCGUUUCGGCGCUCCAAAUACCCUACCGGGAGUCCCGCGAUGGAUUCUGGGGGGAACAGACCUCGACGCUGAAUUGGUGCGAGGAGGACUACAACAUCACGUUUUACUGCGCCGAAGUGGUCAACACGCUCACGAACCUGGUGUUUAUGUAUCUCGGACUCAAGGGUCUGCGCAAUGUCCUGGCCUACUCUCACUCGCGGGUAUUUAUCCUUGUGUAUCUGGGCUACCUCGUCGUGGGCCUGGGCUCCAUGGCCUUCCACACCACGUUGAAAUAUGAAAUGCAACUUGCCGACGAGCUGCCCAUGAUCUACACGGUUUGCAUCAUGGCGUUUGCCACAUUUUCCUACAGGAAGUCCGUGGCAGUGCAGGUUCUCGUCGCGGCGACAAUGGCCGGGGUGGCCGUCUUCAUCACGGUCUACUACCUCUACGCCAAGGACCCCGUCUUUCAUCAGGUGGCCUACGGUCUCCUGACCGUGGGACUCAUCUUCCGUGGCUUCUUCGUCAUGGAACGGGACUUGAGGCCGCAGUUGAGCCAGAGGAAUCCCGCCGAAUGCGACCGACUCAUGCGGGAGAUGUACAAACUAGCAGUCACUGGGAUCCUCACCUUCUUGGCCGGCUUUGUCAUAUGGAACAUAGAUAACAUCUUUUGCCACCAUUUAACGACGACCAAGAAGGCAAUUUUGCUGCCGUGGGCGGUGCUGCUGGAGGGUCAUGGCUGGUGGCAUGUCUUGACGGGUUUAGCAUAUCACCUGAUCCUCUGGAGGGUCUGGCUGAACCGCUGCCUGGACGGCAGCGAGAAGGACUUCAUGUUGGACUGGACGCCUUUGCGGACCAUUCCACAGGUGGUGCCCAGGCCCGGCGCCGCUGUGGACGGGGCAUUGCAGAAGAAGACCCAGUAGCCCGGUUAGCACUCUCACAUGUGGAACCGCAAACGCAACCGACAAGACUGGGCCCGGCAGGCGGUCAGGCCCGGAGCCCUAGGCCAUGAUACCAGGUGUGGCGGCGAGGUGUCAUCUUCUCCAGGGCGCUUC